AUGGAGCGCGAGACGUUACCUUCAGGAAACCCGAGCAACGCUUUUAACGUGGGGUUUCUGUUGCCGGUGGUGCGGGAGCAGUGGCAGCUGCGAGCUUUGCCUCGUCGCUUCCUCAUGUCGAGGCUGCGCUGCGGGAGUGUAGCUGGUCGGACAGGUACGAGUGCUGCUGCGGCUGGUGCUACUGCUACUGCUACUGCUGAUACAGUGCCCGGGAUUCGGAAACUAAGAGCGAGUCAGAAGCACCUGCGCGCUUUGAGCUCAACUUGUCUGAGCCGAGGCUUGGGUCGGACUUUUGCGAGUCUCCUUGGUGCUGCCCUAUGGUGCGUUGCACCUGGCGAUCACAGUGCAGUGUCGGCGCUCUCGCUGCCCAGUGCCCCGAACUAUGUGCUUCCAGUGACUGAGGCGGUCGCGGCAACGCAGUCAGCGACGUAUACGGAAAGCGACCUGAGUCCUGAGGAAAAAGCCACAGUUGCGCUUUUCGAAAGGAACCGGGACUCGGUGGUACUGGUCACCACGUUGAUCGAGCGACGCGACUUUUCCUCCUUGAAUAUCAUGGAGGUCCCGUCUGGGAACGGCUCAGGCUUUAUCUGGGACAAAGACGGUCACGUGGUGACCAACUUUCACGUUGUGCGCCAAGCGGAGGCUGCGCGGGUGACCAUGGCCGACGGGAAAACCUACCCGGCUCGUCUGGUGGGCUACGAUGCCGACAAGGACGUGGCCGUUCUCAAGAUAGACGCUCCAACGGAGACGCUUCGUCCGGUUACCCUGGGCUCUUCGGCGGGAUUACAUGUAGGUCAGCGAGCGUACGCAAUCGGGAAUCCUUUUGGACUCAAUGAGACAAUGACGCAAGGCAUCAUAAGUGGUCUGGGGCGGGAAAUACGUUCACCCACUGGGCGACCGAUCACGAACGUGCUACAGACCGACAGCGCCAUCAAUCCGGGUAAUUCGGGUGGACCGCUUCUCGACUCGCAAGGACGUGUCAUCGGCAUGACCACAGCCAUCUACUCACCGAGCGGCGCAAGUGCUGGUGUGGGAUUCGCCAUUCCCAUCGAUACCCUGAAGACAGUGGUAGACACCCUGAUUAAAUACGGCAAGGUAACGCGUCCGAUGAUAGGCAUCUCGUACCUGGAGAGCAGCCAAGCGCAGAUUCUAGGUAUUAAUGAGGGCGUUCUUGUUCUCGACGUUCCUCAAGGGAGCGAAGCCGCAAAAGCGGGUCUCCAGGGUACGCGUCGCUCCACGUUUGGUCAGUUGGAGCUCGGUGAUAUUAUUGUCGGUCUUGACGGUGAGCGGAUCCGAAACGAAGCAGACCUGUUCCGCGUCCUCGAGGAGAAGAAACCGGGCCAGGUUGUGACUCUGGAGGUCAUUCGGGGAAACGAUCCACGCAACCUAGUGAAGCUUCAGGUGAAAUUGAGCAGCUCCCAAUAG